AUGUUGAAAUCAAGUUGGGCAUAUACUUUAAAACGUGACGAACUAUCGUCUUAUUUAAAUGAAUUUAAAUUAGAUACCGUCGGAACGGUCGAAGAACUCAGAAAGAGAUUAGCGAAAUUUAUUAGCGCCGAACACGACGAAGAUAAAACUAAACGAUUAUUAGAGAUACAAUUAACACAUGAGCAAAAUUCAUUAGCGUUACCUGGUUCGAGAAACGGUACCACCCCUUCACCUGUUAAAAUAGAAUUAAAUCAUCCGGUUAGUCAACCAUCAGUAGCAGUGUCGGUUCCAGCUUGUGACACAGAUAACAUCAAAACAAAUUUAAUUGAAUAUGUAAGAAAAUGGGGACUUUCGUAUGAUGGAGGACGGGAGCCUUUAGCAUUCAUCGAACGAAUAGAAGAAUUAGCCGAAAUUUAUAACGUACCUUUAAAUCAAUUUCCACGAAUUAUGCCUGAAUUUUUACGUGAUAGAGCACUUAUCUGGUUUAGAAAUAACAAUGGACACUGGCAAGUAUGGAGAUCAUUUAAAUCCGAUUUUUUAUCAUUUUUUCUACCUUCGAGAUAUUUUGAGAAAUUAGAAGAUGAAAUCCGUAAAAGAAUUCAACGUCCAAGAGAAGUUUUUAAAAAUUAUGUUUUAUCAAUUCAAAAUUUAAUGCGCCAUUCUAACUUAUCAGAAGAACAAAAGUUGCAGCGAAUAUUUCAAAAUGCUCUUCCAGACUAUCAGUGGUAUAUUAAACGAAAAGAUUUCUCAUCCUUAGCUGAAUUAAUAACAUUAGCUGAAGAUUUAGAAAGCAUUCCAUCAACACAUUCACAAACUCGCGUAGAAAACCCACGUGCUUUAGCCAGUACCACAAUAGGCCCAGAAAAUAAUUGCUAUCGUUGCGGUAACCCUGGACAUUAUGCAGCAAGUUGCUCUAGUAAUUAUAAUAACCGCUCGGGAAAUGCUUAUGGAGGUCGUCGGAACUGA